AUGACUGAAUCUGUGAGACCUUGGUCUGCUUGGUUCACCAGUGCUACAAAGCCAUACCUCAAGAUUAAGGAACUUCGCCCCGCCGAAUCUCGCCCAAAGAUUGCCACCCAACCGAAGAAAACUACAUUUUCUUGUCGAGAGGAAUACACUGUCCGAGUUGGGUUCUCACUGAUUUUCGAACACGAAUAUGCUACCCAACAAACCGUGGACACCGAAAGAAAAGAGCGCAAGGAAAUUCGGACACUCAUGAAAAUGUUCACGCUUCCUUCAAACAAUCGAUUUCAUUUCGCCUAUAUCAAAAUUCCUGAAAGUUUUGUCUUCAAGGAGAAUGACAAUUUCGACAUCAGACCAUUCCAUGCCAGAUCAAACAGCCUCUCCGAGGUGCGUGCGGUGAUUAUUGAAAAACACCACCUCUGCCCUAAUGGAUGGGCCACCGCUCGUAUGUCCCAAUCGUGGAAUCCUGAAACAUCACCGUUCAUUUCCUCGCACUAUACGCCUCUUCUAUUGACCGAAAACACAUCGCUCAUUGAGGUGGAACGACAUCCUUCCCAAGACGUCCUUUUGAAACAGCAUCUGAGCCCUAGGCCAUUCGAACAGCAAAUCAAUGCAAUGUUCCAACUUUACAAGCACCGUGAGUCAUUAAAGGAGUUGUGGCAAAUGCUACUCUCCGGCAGCUUCAAACAUUUCCAUCCAAUGAAUCUCUAUGGGAAAUUGCGCCAGGACUUGUUUGAAGGCUUUAAAGAGCGGCUUCUACGAUUUUCGAAGUUCAACAGUCGCCAACUGGAGGCUUUCCAACAUCUACAUGAGCUCCCCGGUCCAUUUGCCUUGAUCCAAGGGCCACCAGGAACUGGGAAGACUUACUGGUUGCUGCGGUGUUUGCUGCCGUUUGUGAAUGAAAAUAUCGAAACUGACACGAAGCACCAACUGCUCAUCGUAAUCCCAACAAAUGACGGCGUUUGUCGAACAGCAAAAGAUAUGCAUGAGGCUUGCCUCGGCAUGUUUGAAUGUCGCAGAGGAACAAAACAGGUCGCUGUCGUCCGUGUGCAGCACCUUCCGGGGAGUGACCCAAGCUCAUACUCCCCACAAGAUCCCUUGGAGAUUCUAAACAGCAUGAUUUUCACAGAAGCAGUUUUAAAUUUCCGAUUUAGCCCUGCUUAUAAGAGCCAUUCGCAUUCUUUGCGGGCUAAUUCCAAUGUCGAACUGACAUAUGCGCACUGGAUGUUACGGAUUUCGGGUAUCAUCCCAGAGGCUGGGAGCGAGCCGGUCGCCAAGUAUCGGUCAUUCCGCGAAUCGUUUGAGAUGUUCCGAAACAGGAUUUUUCUCGACGAGGAGAGGCGGAUGAAGCUAUGUCGUGACACUGACACACUUCUCCGCGCUGCACUUCAGAUGGCAGAUGUGAUUGUUUGCACACCCUUUACAGCCGGCCACCCCACAAUUGUGAGUGCCAUUAAGCCAGCUGUAGUUGGAAUAGAUGAAGCUGCAAAGAACACAGAGCCAGAAAUGUGGCCAAUUUUCUCCAACUACCACUCAAGUCCUAUUCUGAUGGUGGGCGACCACUACCAGCUAGGGCCCACGGUCACCUCGGGUUCGGAGACAAACCCGUUUGUCUAUCAACUACGGCUCUCGUUGUUCAAGAGAUUGAUUAAUGGUCAGAAUGCGUCAAUCAUGCUAGAAGUCCAACACCGGAUGCAUCCCGAUAUCUCCAAGCUCGUGAAUCGGAAUUUCUACCAAGGUAGACUUACGGAUCACGAAAGCACAAGCAACGAGACUGCAUCGUUCCUACGCAACUUCAACAAAAAUCGCUUUGGGGUGGAAACCAAUCUGCUCUUCGUGGAUGUUUGUCCAAGCGAAGUCGAAAUAUCAAACUACUCCAAGAAAAAUGAAGCUCACGCGUCGGUUGCUGUUGCGUUGUGCAAAGAGCUGCUUGGUUUGAAGAAGUUCUCAUCUAAGGAUAUCAUUAUCCUUGUUCCAUAUGAGGCGCAGUUCCGAACUUACUUAAAGUUUCUCGCACUUGAUCAUCGGAAUGACCCUUCCCUCGGCCUUGACAAACUGCCUGUGAAGAAAAUCGACUCCUUCCAGGGCGGAGAGAGUCCGAUUGUGAUCUUUGAUAUGACAGUCACCACCCAUGCCGGAUUCCUCGAUGACAAAACCCGCUUGAAUGUUGCACUCAGCCGAGCUAGGAAUGCGCUGUACGUUGUGGGAAACAUUGAGGCCAUGCGAUCGAGCAUUUGGAGCGACGAGUACGAACGGAGAUACGCAACGUUGAUACGGAUCCUAGACCAUAUUUCAAAGGCCAAGCUGUGCGUGCGGGACUUGGAACUGGGCCAAUCUGCUAAAAAGCAAGCUUCCGCAAGGAGAUCCAUCGCUCGUUCUCGAACGAGUGAUCGCGGUGUGGCUCCGCGUGGGAGAUCGGGGUCUGGCAUCACUGCGGUGGACACGGACACUGCUUCACAUAGAUAG